AUGGGCAAACAUGCUGGGUUUACAGAGUACAGAUCUGCUGUUAGGUUCAAGUCCCUGCCACCUCAUAGCCUCCUCAACGCCAUGUCCACUCGACGCCCGUCUUUAGCUAGUUUGGGACGUGAAGCUGCAAACUACGCGAUUGAGUGCAAAGAAUCUCGUUGGAAAAAGUUGAGGAUAUUCAUUGGUGGGAUAUUCAAAAGCUCGGGACAAUUUAAUCAUAACACAAUCCCCAACAGAAUCGCUUUCAGGUCAAGGAAGAGGACAUAUUGGAAGUUCUAA